UGCAAGAGGAACUUUCAACAUGUCAAGAAAUAAAAGAGCAGUAGAGAGCAAUACAAGCAGUUCGAGGAGGGGUGCCGAUUGAUCCCCGCGAUGCCGUCUCUAGUACCCGCCUCGACGCUAGCCUAUUUAUACCUGAUGUAUUUUACCUUAGUCCUCCGUGCUUACAGAACUGGCGCCGUGCAUCAUCCACCAAGUUCCCACUGUUCCACGUGGACUUUACGGAGUUAUGUGACUUAUGUCCCUAGACGCUCGACAAAGGAAACAGUGGACAUUUCAAGAGGGGACCGCAGUAGUCGGCAUGUCAUGGAAUUGUGGUGCAUGACAUGCAAUUGGCCCGCGCUCAAGUGCCAGAAUUUCGCUAUGCCGUUCCUGGCUCGCAUCGAGACGGAUAUCGCAUGCCACUGUACCCUGAGGUGAUGACUGAAGUGGGUUUUCCUUUCCUUCCUAGGUACAUCACCUGAUACGGAAUCUGCCUUGUGUAUAUAUAAACUGUCAAGAUAGGUGCUGCCCGGACACCUGAAG